AUGUCCGUCACCACUAAAGCUACAAUCGCCUCCUUCGGCGGCAAGCUGCUUAAGCUUAGCCACAAUGCUACCACCACCCGCUGCGAGAUGUCCUUCAACCUUUACUUGCCCCCUCAAGCUCAGACCGAGAAGGUCCCUGUGUUGAUCUAUCUGUCUGGUCUGACCUGCACGGCGGACAACUGCUCGGAGAAGGGCUUCUUCCAGCAUGGUGCUAGCAAGAAGGGCAUUGCUGUGCUUUACCCUGACACCAGCCCUCGCGGUCUCAACAUCGAAGGUGAAAACGACGCCUAUGACUUCGGCUCUGGUGCUGGCUUCUACAUCGACGCCACCAAGGCCCCGUAUGACCAGGGCUACAACAUGUACAGCUACGUCACCGAGGAGCUGCCCCAAACCGUCUUUGCCGCUUUCCCGCAGUUGGAUUCCAACCGCGUUAGCAUUACUGGUCACAGCAUGGGUGGACAUGGUGCCCUCACUCUGUUUCUCCGUAACCCUGGCAAGUAUAAGUCUGUCUCGGCGUUCGCUCCUAUUACCAACCCGAUCAACUGCCCCUGGGGCCAGAAGGCGUUCAAGGGCUACUUCGGUGAUGAACAGCAGGCAAAGUGGAAGGAGCAUGAUGCUACUGAGCUGAUUAAGAAGUGGACUGGUGGUCCCCUUGAUAUCUUGAUUGACGUGGGUACUGGCGACAACUUCUACAAGCAGGGCCAACUUCUCCCCGAGAACUUCGAAGCCGCCGCCAAGGAAGCUGGUCUGAGCGGAUUGCAUAUUCGUUACCAGCCUGAUUAUGACCACUCGUACUUCACGAUGGCGUCCUUUGCCGAUGAUCACAUUGACCAUGCGGCCAAGUACCUUCUUGCAUAG